CAAAGCGAAUUUAUUGUUUUAAGUUUAACAAUGUGGUUUUCGUUGAACGAGUUCGUUGAAUGCCCCAAAUCAGGUCAUAUAUAAAAUUCUUUAGUUCGCGCACAGCGCGUGGCAGUUGACGAACCUCUCCACGAUGAAGAUGAUUCUGCUACUAUUAGCACUGAUGUCCCUCAUGGCAUUGUUGAUGGCCCAGGAAUGUAAUUUGCCGUGCAACAGACGCAUCGAGUACCUGUGCGGCACAACGGUGCGAGGUAGCAGUGAAAUCGAGUGCACCUUCAGGAAUCCCUGCGAAAUGGAUAGACAUGCCUGUCAAAAGAGAGAGGUUUGGAGGAAGGUGUCGACAGGUCGCUGCACGCGAGACUCGGAUGCCUGUGGUCGCUAGGCAGCAGUCAGCAGGAGAAACGGCCGAGGGCAGUAACAGAC